ACACUCGAACCAAAAACCUGUCAAAAUUUGAAAAGGAAACAAGGGACAAUUGGGGACGUAAGAGCGCCGAUAUCACGUGCAGCGGUCGCGUCUCUAGGUCUUUUCUUGUGAUGAGCUAACCCACCUCUUCUACCAUUGCAGUAUAACUGCGUUUGCUGUCAGGUGGUAGGAGAGGAUGAUAGCAAUUUGUUUCGGUAAUUUGUAGAUGUUGACACAUGAUGUAGGAUCCAGAUGUUGAACAUUAAUUGAGUAACUUCAGUGAUCCAGCUUUGAGGUUUUUAGUAAGGCAAAUAUUUAUCAUUAGAAAUAAUUUCUAUAUUAAAAAGCAUCACAUGUCAGGUGGUUUAAAGCUUUUGAGUAAUACGCACACCUGUUUCUUUGCUUCAGCGGUAUGUUUCAUUUAGUCAGUAUGAUGUGUCAUUCAUAAGGCCUUAAAAACAAGCAGUCCAAGUGCAGGCAGUAAGCUACGUCGUCUGCAUAGUGAAGGAGUAGACAACAUUUCGAGAAAUGCGGCUUUUAACAGUUUUGUGGAAAAAUGUGUCUCUGGAAAACAUUCCCAGACAAGUAGAUUUCUACUCCAAGUUUUCGCCUUCUCCUCUGUCAAUGAAACAGUUCUUGGACUUUGGAUCUGAAAAUGCUUGUGAGAAGGCCUCAUUUCUAUUUUUGCGUCAAGAAUUACCUGUAAGAUUGGCAAAUAUAAUGAAAGAAAUCAGUCUGCUUCCUGACAACCUUCUGAAAACAACUUCAGUUCAACUAGUGCAGAGCUGGUAUAUGCAGUCCCUUCAAGACAUACUUGAAUUUAAAGAGAAGGAUUCAGACAAUCCAGAAACUGUCCGUAAUUUUACAGAUACUCUGAUCACAGUUCGAAAUCGCCACAACGAUGUUGUUCCCACCAUGGCUCAAGGAGUGAUUGAAUACAGGGACUGUUUUGGUGUAGACCCAGUGACAAGCCAGAAUGUACAAUACUUUUUGGAUCGAUUUUACAUGAGUCGCAUUUCUAUUAGGAUGUUACUUAACCAACACACUUUACUCUUUGGUGAGAAGGUGGAAGCAAAUCCAGCUCAUCCCAAACAAAUUGGAAGCAUUGAUCCCAACUGCAGUGUUGUUGAAGUAAUUGAAGAUGCUUAUGAAAAUGCAAAGAGGCUUUGCGAUUUGUAUUAUAUGAGUUCUCCUAAUUUAGAAAUAGAAGAGUCUAAUGCAAAAUCAAGAGGACAGCCCGUCCAAGUGGUCUAUGUCCCAUCCCACCUCUAUCAUAUGGUGUUUGAGCUUUUUAAGAAUUCGAUGAGAGCCACAAUGGAGAACCAUUUGGAUAAAAAUGAUCAUCCACCUGUUAGAGUAAAUGUUACACUGGGAAAUGAAGAUCUUACGGUAAAGAUAAGUGAUCGUGGUGGUGGAGUUCCUCUAAGAAAAGUUGACCUCCUAUUCAACUAUAUGUAUUCAACUGCUCCCUAUCCACGUGUUGAAAAUGCACGGGCAGCACCACUGGCUGGGUUUGGCUAUGGUUUGCCCAUCUCCCGCUUAUAUGCAAGGUAUUUUCAAGGAGAUUUAAAGCUGUAUACCUUAGAGGGUUAUGGAAUGGAUGCACUGAUCUAUAUAAAGGCAUUAUCAACAGAUUCUGUAGAAAGACUACCUGUUUAUAAUAAAUCAGCAUGGAAACAUUACAAGAUGAAUCACGAAGCAGAUGACUGGUGUGUACCAAGCAGUGAACCUAAGGACAUGACCACUUUCCGCAGCUAAUCAAGCAGAAUAUUCAGGAUCCUUCAUAUCCAUCCAUUUUCAGUUCCCAGAACAAAUAUAUGUCAAACCAUUAGAAAAUCAUUUUAUAGAAUUUAGCAGUUUUAAAAAAGGAAGAAGAUGCACACUUCUAGCUGGUUUUAUUUACUCCUUAAUUGUUAAUAUUUAUAAUUUUAUUAUUUUGUAUUAAGUUAAACCUCAAGUGUGUGACAGCAUAUUGUAACCCCUUUUAACGCAAUACUAAAGAAGAUUGUUAUCUUAAUGUAACUCCUCAGAGGAAAUACUUCAGAUGUAAAGGGAUCAGUGCAAUAUAUCUUACAAUGUAACAGCAUGUGUGGUGCAGUAAAUAUUUUUAAGUAGUUUCCUCCCAACAUCAUAUAAUUUCUUCGGACUUAACAAGCCAUAUAUGUUUGAUUUGUAUGAUGUAGUGUGAGAGGGGUCUGAUGUAAAUAUUGUUAUGUAUAUAUACACACACACACAUAUAUGGUAACCAGACAGCUCAAUUAAAGUAAAAAUAGUUUUGUGGUACAGUAGAACAUGCUAUUCAGCUUUAACCACUGAGUGUAUACUUAACAUUGGCAUUCCAGACCUUUCAUAGAACUGUAACAACUUGGUGGAUUUCUACAGGCUGAGUGCCUUCUGCAACUAGGGCAGACUUAUUCCACCAGGUUUUCCUCAUGUUAUUAGGAACAUUAGUAUUUUAUAUUAAUGUGAAUUGUGUAUUAAUAUUCUAAGAUUGUUUAAUGGAUGCUCAAAUACAUUGUGUAGUUUCACUUAGUGGUUGGUGAUAAUAUUAAAAAGUGACAUUUGGUUCAUUA